CUUCUAGGCGUUUCUUGCGCUCGCCAAUCGGAGCCAUGGCAUGGCUCUUCUAAAGGUUCCUGUCCAGCUUUCACAGGAGGCUUCUAGACCGGAUCAAGUCUCGCUGCUUCGAGUGUCUAGAUGUCACGAGGAAACUCUAGAGUCAUGGUUCUCGAAACACAAGUAGCUGGGCAGCGAACCGCCUUCUCAAACAUAGUAGCCUUUAUUCGUUUAAAGAAACAUUCAACGGAAUGGCGCUCACACCGUUUUCGAACGAUCCGCUGCUCAACUCCCUCUUCCGGCUGUCGCAUAUUCCAGACGAGUUCAGCACACUCUUCGAUGCUCCCACUUCAAGAUUCGUGAAGGACAGCCACGCCAUGGCGUCAACUGCCGUCGACGUGAAAGAGACUCCCGAGGCCUUCAAGUUCAUCGCGGACCUACCUGGCCUGAAGAAGGAAGAGGUUAGGGUUCAAGUGGAAGGCAAGAAUCUGCUGACCAUCAGCGGCGAGCGGUCUCGCGAAGUUAAGGACGAGACGGAGAAGUAUCACCGUGUGGAGCGGAGCACUGGGAAGUUCCUGAGGCGAUUCCGCCUGCCUGACAACGUGGAGGUGGAUAAGAUCGCUGCGAGCACUGAAAACGGUGUGCUCACCGUGACGGUGCCCAAGUUCAAGCCACCAGAGCCGAAGAAGCCGGCCGUUGUGGAUAUUCCCAUCAACUAAAGGAGCCAGCAACCAUUGUUGUCUGCCUGCUUGGGCCCAUGUUGUACAGCAAAGCUUGUUCCUGAGUAGUCAAAAGCUGGAAGAAAAAUACCCGUUUGUGCAUUGUUAGAAAAUCUUCCAUUCCAUGUCACCUGUUGAUACGCGUGUCCUACUACUGUAUGUCCAUCGAAAUAGCCAAGUUGUAAUGCCUCCUACCAGUAU